AUGGCUAGCCACGAGGAUCACGCUGCCACCACUGGCGGGAUGGAUGCUGCCUAUCACGCACAUGACGUGCUUGACGAGACGUCCAAGACGGCCGUCGUCGGUCUGGGCGCGGGCUUCUUCAUGGCGGCAGUCCAGAACGCCCUUUCAAGACGCAAUGUCGGCGCCUUUGGCGUCUUCACCCGCGGCGCUCCCGUGAUUGGACUUGCUGCUGCUGCUCCUGCCGCCUACACCUUUGUCUCCCGCACCACAAUGAACCUCCGCGAAAAGGACGAUGCUCUGGCCGCCGGCCUGGGUGGUUUCGCUGCUGGUGCCGUGAUUGGCCUUCCCUCCAAGCGUAUGCCAAUCGUAUUUGCCCUCGGUGGCCUCGUCGGCGGUGUUCAGACCGCGUUCAGGUUGGCGGGCGGCCGCCUCGACAGCUUCAAGGAGGAGGAGGACGAGUUUGCACGCAAGGAAACGGCCCGCCGGACAACACGAGUACCCGUGGAGCAGACAGUUUCUGAGGUUGGCGAGGGACGAGGCAUCAAACCGCCCGGCUACGAGGAGCGUCGCAGGGAGAGAAUUCAGGAAAAGUACGGCUUCGAAAUCAACCCCGUCAAGGCGACCGUCGAGGGCAGCCAAUAG